AUGAAGAGAACCAUAAAGCCAGGCCCAGUUCUCAACCUCACGCCUGCCACAGUGUUGCUGCUCAGCCUCAUCCUUACCCUGGUCCUCCUUGGCUCCUCCUUGGGUUGUGGCGUUCCUGCCAUCAGACUGGUGCUGAGCUUCAGCCAGAGGAUUGUCAAUGGGGAGAAUGCAGUGCUGGGCUCGUGGCCCUGGCAGGUGUCCUUGCAGGACAGCAACAGCUUCCACUUCUGCGGUGGUUCCCUCAUCAGUCAGUCCUGGGUGGUCACUGCUGCCCACUGCAAUGUUGUCCCUGGCUGCCACUUUGUCAUCCUGGGCGAGUAUGACCUAUCAUCCAGCGCUGAGCCUUUUCAGGUUCUGUCCAUCUUGCGGGCCAUCACGCACCCUUUCUGGAACCCCACCACCAUGAACAACGAUCUGAUGCUACUAAAGCUCGCCUCCCCAGCCCAGUACACAACACACAUCUCACCAGUUUGCCUGGCUUCCUCAAAUGAGGUGCUGCCUGAAGGCCUCACGUGCACCACUGGCUGCGGCCGCCUCAGCGGUGCGGGCAGUGUGACUCCUGCACGCCUGCAGCAGGUGAUUCUGCCCCUGGUCACCGUGAGUCAGUGGCAGCAAUACUGGGGCUCACGCAUCACCAACUCUAUGAUCUGUGCAGGGGCCUCGGGGCCUCCUUGUGCCAGGUGAGCACUGGCACCCUGUCCUGGUGAAUGUGGAGGCCCGCUUGUCUGCCAGAAGGGGGACAUGUGGGUGCUCACUGGUAUUGUCUCCUGGGGCGCCAAUAACUGCAACGUGUGCGCGCCUGCCACGUACACUCAGGUUAGCAAGUUCAGUACCUGGAUCAAUCAUAGCCUACAACCAAGCCCACCACAGGCCCUCUCCCCGUCUCAGUCCAAUAAAGACCCCAGGCUCUGUCCUCUUGUGGCUCCCUCCACUCUGUCGCACCAGACUCAGGCCCAGGGUGAAGAUGGGGACUGCUGA